AUUAAGUAAUCGAACCAUUACCAUACAAAGCGAGUCUAGAUUCGUUAGAACGUAGGUAAACAACUUUCGCUACGAAGUCCAUUGUUUUGGAAAAACGACAGCGUGUAGGGGGCGCCAUGUUAUCUACGAACAACUCGAAACGCCCGUUAUCAGUGGUUAGAACAUGACAACGGCUAUUAUACAGAUUUCCGGAAGUCGUGCUAUUUGUGUCAACCGACGCUAGGAAUGAGAAAAUGUGACAUUCGUCGCGAUGGAGAAGAACAGAGAAGAUUUCGCGCCCCCGGACGGAGGCUACGGUUGGGUCGUCGUCCUCGCAACAACCCUCAUCAACAUAUCAGUCCUCCCUCUGGUACAAUGUUUCGGAAUCAUUUACCAACAAGAGUUCAAAAGCAUGGGCAUAACGUCGGCCGAAACGUCAUUCAUGUUGCAUUUACACAGCGCCAUCUAUUGUAGCUUGGGGUUAUUAGGGAGCCCGUUAUUGAAAAAAUACGACUUCCGACGGGUCGCCGUUUUCGGGACCACCCUGAUGAGCACGGGAAUCCUCCUGAGCAGCUUUGCCAACUCCUAUGGAGUCCUAAUUUGCACUUUCUCUAUCCUAGUCGGUUUUGGUCAAGGUAUCAUGUUACCAGCGACAUACCUAGCUACCAACACCUACUUCAAAAAAAGACUGACUCUGGCCGUCUCCUUCUCCGUAACGGGCGCCAGUAUUUCGUACAUAAUAAUGCCCCAAGUGUGUCACAAACUGUUGGCACACCUGCAAAGCACCAAAUCCACGGUUCUCGUACUGGCCGCCUUAUCCACUCUCGGAAUCGCGUGUUGUUUCCUCCUCAAACCAAUCAAACGCACCACAAAACCCGACCCCGACGACCCUAAACCCCCGAAGGAGGAAAUCGAGCUCCUCGACCGGGACCAAGUAUACAAAUCCACAACCCUUCCGACUCAGAAAACUGGAUUCUACUCCAAAAUCCACGACCUUUUCAAUUUGGAGCUCCUCAGCGACCGUCCCUACGUGAUCGCCAUCAUCGGCAUGUCGAUUUCCUUCGCGUCAGAACUCAACAUUAUCCUCAUGAUGUCGUUUAUUUUACCCGAACUGGCGUCGUUCGAGCGCAAAGACGUCGCUCUUGCCUUGUCGGUACAAUCCAUCGCCGAUAUCAUCGGCCGGUUGGUCGUGCCGUUGCUGGGUCACCAUUUCAGUGUUUCCCCGAGGGUUAUGUAUGUUAUGUCUUUAAUCACGUCGACGGUUGGCAGGACUUUAAUGGCGGCUUUUUAUUCGUCCAAGUCGACGAUUUUCGUGUGUGUUUGUUUGAUAGGGUUGGCGAAAGGGAUAAAAGCUGUGUACCAGUCGGUGAUAAUUCCGAAGUAUGUAAGUCUGGAGAAGUUGCCGGCGGCGAAUGGGUUGAACAUGUUGCUGACGGGAGCUACGUCAUUAGCAUUAGGGCCCAUCAUUGGUGCCAUUCACGACGUCAGUAGUUCCUACGUGUACACUUUGCAUACGGCGUCGAUCCUUUCCAUGUUCUGUGUGGUGUUGUGGGUCGUCCAUUUCUGGGUUUACGAGAGGAAAAAGGGUCUUCCGCAAGAUAAAUUACGGAUUUUUUUAAUCGAUCAAAUGUCAAUCAACACCAAUAAAUCUCAUUUUUAUCCAUCUAUCUCGCAAUUAUCGCCCAAAAAUCUCUUAUCCGAAGGUAUUCACGGGGGCAAAUCGAUCGCCUCGAGCAGACGGGAAAACCGAGGGAAUUUUCACCUCAAACGUGAUGUGAGUUUUACAAGUGAGCAAUUCGAAGCGAUCGUGAAGAGGGUCGAGCGCACCUCAACCAUGGAUCUCAGCAAAAGCAAAACUGUGAAGAUAGACUCGUCGGAGCCGAAACGUCGCCGCUUGCGAGUGGGCGACCCCGACUUCAUGCCCCCCGACGGAGGCUGGGGUUGGCUCGUGGUCUUCGCCUGCGGCUUCAGUAACUUGAGCACGUUUCCCAUGUUCCAACAAUUCGGCUUAGUCUUCCGCCAGAAAUUCGAAGACUUGCACAUCAGCAACACCCAGACGACGACUGUGAUCAACCUGAAUUCAGCUUUCAACUCUUGUGUGGGGUUGCUGAAUGGACCUAUAUAUAGAAAAUUUACGUAUAGACAAGUGGCCAUGUUUGGGUCGCUUUUAGUGGCUUCGUCGUUGUUCGUUUCGACCAUGUGCGAGUCGUUUUGGACGUACCUUGUUUUUUAUUCGAUGUGUUACGGCUCGGGGAUCGGUAUAACGCAGACUGCGAAUGCCGUGGCGUUGAAUACCUUCUUCAAGGACAGGAGGAGGAUAGCGACGGGGUUGUCGUGGACCACCACGGCUUUGGGACCGAUCGUGUGGCCUUACAUCAUCACGGCUCUUUUAGAAGUGUACGGAAUGGAAGGAACCCUCAUGGUCUUCUCGUCGUUUGCGCUGCAUGCCUUCAUGUGCUCGCUUCUGCUCCAACCGGUUGAAUGGCACACGAAAUUCAGAGAAGUCGAAAACGGCACCAGCGAAAUGAAACCGUUUUUGGAAAAAAAAGCUGAAUCCGAGUUUCUCGAAGGCAAGUUAAGCAAAUCGUCCAAGUCGAGGAGUCUCCUGUCGAGUCAAUACAUCUACAACGAAGACGAUCCUCACAAUACGGGUUACGAAAUCAUAGAUCCCGGGCAUCCGAUGAUGGUACGGUCCAACGACGGGUGGUAUUCGCAAAAUCGGUCGUUAGCCGGUUCGAGAUUGUCAUUGGCGUCUAAUAAAACGAACCGAGGGACUUCGAAAGGACCGUCCAGGUACCCGUCAGGACAAAGUUCCGUCGCCAUGUCCAAACGACCGUCGUACACCAACUUAUCGGAAGCUCGUUCCAAAAGAAACUCGUCGGUUAAUCUAGUCCAAGACGGCAAAGAAAGGAAAAAGGAGAGGAAAGCGUCAAAGUCGAAACCCACGAUUCAGGAGGAGGAAGAACACCACCACGAGAAUCACACGAACGCGCUUGCAGUACCCGGAGAGUAUCACGAGAAGGACGUUCUAAAAACAGCUGCCAAAAAACUAGAAGAGUACAAACACGAGCACGAACACGAAGAAGAGGAAGAAACGGAGUCGAUAAAGUCGCACAAGUUGACAUUUUUCCAAAAAGUGUGCAUUUUCUUCGACUUCGAUCUUUUCAAAGACCCAGUCUACGUAAACUUGAUGCUAGGAAUAACCGUAGCGAACUUCGUCGAAAUCAACUUCUCCAUAAUCACCCCGAUGGUACUUGAAGAGUUUCAUUUCGGUAAGUACCAAAUCGCGACGUUCAUGUCGCUGCUUGGUGCCACCGACAUCGUGGUCCGUUUCUUCAUUCCGUUCAUCGCCGGAAAGAUCGGUUGGGAAAACCGCACCUUCUUCUUAGUGGGUGUCCUCAGCAUGGCCUUCGGCCGCAUAAUUCUGGUGCACACCCAAACGUAUGUCUUCGGAUUGGUGGUGGCGGUGAUCAUCGGCGCCGGUAAAGGUCUGAGGACCAUCUUCAUGGCGCUCGUGAUUCCCACCCACGUACCGCUGGAGCGUCUACCAGCCGCCUCAGGGCUACAAUUAGCAACCAGCGGUUUGUUGUUCCUGGUACUGGGACCAGUCGUCGGUUGGAUCCGCGAUACCUCGAAGAACUACGUCAUCACUUUACACAUUCUUAACAUAAUGACGUACGCUACGGCCAUCGCGUGGACGCUCGAGAAGUACCUCAAGAAGAAACCCGCGGACGUCCAAACAAACGAAGCGACGAAGACGACUGCGUGAUGAAUUUGGUUUUCAAGGCUGUGCACACGCACGUACUUAACAUGUAGUACUUUUGUUACGAAAGUGGUUGUAAUUAUCAGUGAUAUAAUACAAUUAUGUACAAACGG